ACAAGGUAGGCUGUCACUCUGCAAAAGCUGCCCCGAACAGGCUUUCCUCUGAAAAGCAGUGCCAUUCCUUUUUAAAAGACUGAAUCCAAAUGUUGUCUCUGGAGACAAGAAGCCUUCAGUAUGUUCAAUUACUUCAUUACGUUUUUCAGAUGCUUAUUGAUUCCACAGUAGGAAGAGUGAGAGACUGCAGCAGCCUCUAGGCAGCACUCCACGUUCCAUACAUUAGCAGGACUGCUGAGACAAUGGCACAGUACAGACACAUAUUUUCAUUAAGGUCUUUUCUGAAGAGAUGUUUAUGACCCUCUUCCCCAAGUCCUCUGCUAACAAGUGAACAAAAUGAAUCAAUCAAAACUGGAAACGCUUCAACUCCAUCAGGAAUUUAUCAAACCUUUAGCGGAGGGCCCACGGCAGCUAAUUCAGUAUUUACAAGUGACAAUAUGAAGAAUGCAUCUGAUCAAGCACCUCCCUAGCCGACUGAACCAUAAACUGCAGGAUAUUCUUCUAACAUAUGCAUUUAAGACAGUAAGGAGUUAAAACCAGAAAAGACAGGUCCACAUUACUGCCGGGAUACAAGACAUCGACAGUAAUCAUCCUAAGAAGAAGCUCUAUAAAAUAGACAUAAAAAGAAAAACAAUUUGACUGCAAAAGCCUAAAACCAAAAUGGUGAGCUUUUUUAAAGUGGGAGUUUAUACUUUAACAUACCAGGAUUGUGGAGCUGAUUCCUGAAGAAACAAUGAGACACGGAUUGCCAAAAAGAGAAUGCCACACAUUAGCAGCAAGCUAAAUGAAGCUUUAUCCAAGUCUUUUCUGCACUAAAUAUUCAGAUAUUCACAGCAGCUGAUAUUACUACUAAAGGAUUUUCCCAUCUAAGUUUUAUGACUAUGUAUCCUCUUCUAAUGAAAGCAAAUCAAAUUAAAUAGCAGAUGGUUUUUAUCAAAAGAACAUGGACUGGAUUUAGAAUAUAAAGCAAGUUAUGUGAUCAAGAAAUCAUUUCAAAAUAAUGAGGACUGCUAUAGAAACAGAUUCACAUUUAUAACAAAAGGAUGUCUAAAUACAUUUUAGAAGCUAGAAACCGUAUGUUUCCUUUUUUGUUUUCACAUAUUCUGGAAAAUAAAGAGACACUAUCACAUAUUCCCUCAAAGGGAAAUAUAAUUCCUACCAUUUGAGGAAGUUUCUCUUGGUCGUGACUUUCUAAGGCAAAACAAAUACAAAUGUUUGUACUGGUCUUUAGAAAUCCAUCAGCCAACUAAAUGUCACAAUUCAUGCAGUUUGAAGUAUUGGAGAGAAAAUGAAAGAAUUUCUACAAGACAUGAAAUAAAACACAGCUACUUCACUGUUGUCAGGUAAAAAUUCAUGUCAAAAUCUGUCAAUGACAUCAUGUAUCACUUUGUGAAAACCUGCCGUGGUGAGCCAAAGGGCCCAUACGGCCACAGCAAACAGGGAAAACACCAACUGCUCCAAAAGAAUGUGUUUUUCUCCCGUUCUGGAAAUCAACAUGCAGUCUGAAUCUAACAUUACAGUGCGAGAUGACACUGAUGACGUCAACACCAAUAUGUACCAACCACUUUCCUAUCCAUUAAGCUUUCAAGUGUCUCUCACCGGAUUUCUUAUGUUAGAAAUUGUGUUGGGACUUGGCAGCAACCUCACCGUGUUGGUCCUUUACUGCAUGAAAUCCAACUUAAUCAACUCGGUCAGUAACAUUAUUACAAUGAAUCUUCAUGUACUUGAUGUCAUCAUUUGUGUGGGAUGUAUCCCUCUAACUAUAGUCAUCCUUCUGCUUUCACUGGAGAGUAACACUGCUCUCAUCUGCUGUUUCCACGAGGCCUGUGUAUCUUUUGCAAGUGUCUCAACAGCAAUCAACGUUUUUGCUAUCACUCUGGACAGGUAUGACAUCUCUGUAAAACCUGCAAACCGGAUUCUGACAAUGGGCAGAGCUGCAAUGCUGAUGAUAUCCAUUUGGAUUUUUUCAUUUUUCUCUUUCCUGAUUCCCUUUAUUGAGGUAAAUUUUUUCAGUCUUCAAAGUGGAAAUACGUGGGAAAACAAGACACUUUUGUGUGUCAGUACAAAUGAAUACUACACUGAACUGGGAAUGUAUUAUCACCUGCUAGUACAGAUCCCAAUAUUCUUUUUCACUGUCAUAGUGAUGUUAAUCACAUACACCAAAAUCCUUCAGGCUCUUAACAUUCGAAUAGGCACAAGAUUUUCAACGGGGCAGAAGAAGAAGGCAAGAAAGAAAAAGACAAUUUCUCUAACCACGCAACACGAGACUACAGACAUGUCACAAAGCAGUGGUGGGAGAAACAUAGUCUUUGGUGUAAGAACUUCGGUCUCUGUAAUAAUUGCCCUCCGGCGAGCUGUGAAACGACACCGGGAACGACGAGAAAGGCAAAAAAGAGUCUUCAGGAUGUCUUUAUUGAUUAUUUCUACAUUUCUUCUCUGCUGGACACCAAUUUCUGUCUUAAAUACCACCAUUUUAUGUUUAGGCCCAAGUGACCUUUUAGUAAAAUUAAGGUUAUGUUUUCUAGUCAUGGCUUAUGGAACAACUAUAUUUCACCCAUUAUUAUAUGCAUUCACUAGACAAAAAUUUCAAAAGGUCUUGAAAAGUAAAAUGAAAAAGAGAGUUGUUUCCAUAGUGGAAGCUGAUCCUAUGCCUAACAAUGCUGUAAUACACAAUUCUUGGAUAGAUCCUAAGAGAAACAAAAAACUUACCUUUGAAGAUAGUGAAAUAAGAGAAAAAUGUUUAGUACCUCAGGUUGUCACAGACUAGGGAAACAUCUAAGUUUCACUAAGCCCACAUUCAGAAGUUUUAAAUUUAAAUUGUAAAAAAAUGAAAUUACUGCCAAAUAUAAGAAAAAAACAUUUUAAGUAUUGGUUAUGUUGUAAAUUUUCAAUGUAAAUGUCAAGAUUAGAUUAGGUCAUAUAUAUUCAAUUUCUUCAUUACAAUGUAUUUGUUGCAUGGCAGUUUGUUAAAGUAAUAUCAUGUGUAUAUUUUGUCAAUAUUAUGUCCAUCAGAAGAUAUUCAUGUAAGUCAUAUUUUCUAAAUAAUAAAUACAUAGCCUUAAAACAGUGUAUAACUUUAAAAUGUAACUGACACAGGUAUCUUUGCUUUUCUUUUCUUUUAUAAAGUGUAUUUGUUUCUAAGCCACAAACUAUAGAUAGAUUUAUAUAAUGACGAGUGAAAUAGCACUUUAACAUAAGAACAAAAAUUUGGGCUCCAAGCAAUCAAAAUAAUUCAGGAUUUUCUGUAUCACUCUAUUAAGUUUUCUGCUAGUCUACCUGGUGUAAUAUUUGAUGAAUCAAAAAUAAUGAACUGUAUGUGAAACUUCAUCCUUUUUCUUGCUUUUUGAAUGCAGGAAAUUGUAGGAUUUAUCAGGAUUUUAAAAUCUGACAACCAAGAAACAACCCUGUACAUACACUCUGAGAUAGAGAAACUUAUUUUCUAAGAUCAAGGGCACAAUGCCUAUAAUAUACAAAUAAAGGGACAAUAAAGGGAAGGAAGAAAACUAAAGCACCAGCCUCUUUCUUCCUUCCUCACUUUGCUGGAGUCUAAGCCAAAUGGUCUGUAUUCAUACAACAGUAAACAGAACUAUUAAAAUCUGAAUAAAAGGGGGAAAAAAACUUUGUAUCAUUGUAGAGAAGAUUCACAAAGCCAACUAUUUUUAACUGUAGAUACAUGGCAACUUUAGAGUAAUAUGAUUUACACAACGUUCCUAUACUAGUUCCUAAACUAUAUAUAGUAGCUUCCAAAUGUUUCAAAAUACAAUAGUUCUAUUUCCACCCUUAAAAUCAUUAAAGCGACAAUAAACCUAGUCAAUUUUUUACUCUACACCACUUAAUUUAACUUUAAUCUUUAUUCUGCCCUCUUCAAUUCAUGCUGGAAAAUAUAAAAUUACUAAAACAGGUUUGGGAAUCUCAUAUCAAAUAAAUAUCUUCCAACUGUUAUAAUCCAAUAAUCUGUCAAUGAGUGCUAAUCAUCACUGACUGUAUCAGGAAAAUAGCAAUAAAUUAUUUAAAAAUAGGCUAAUAUAGUAGUUGCUACCUUAUAAGUAAUUAACUGGACAGUUUUUUAUUCUAUUUUUUUUUAACACUGUAUCCAUUAAAUCAAGCAGCACUUCAUUUUUAAAUAAAAUUUUACAUCAAACAAUUCAAUAAUAUAUAACUUUUAUGUAAUUAAAUGAGAUUGAGAUUGAUCCAAUGAAGUUUAUGGAAUACUUUAACCCUUGGGAAGUGAGCACCAUGCAAUAGCUUGAAAUCAAUGAGGUUACAUGGGAAAUUUAAUAAGAGAUUUCUUUCUGAUAAUAAUGUUAACAUGUCAAAUCAUGGCAAAGGUACAGUAUCCUUCUGCCUUGUUUUCUACUUUUAUGAAAUUAAAGAAAUGGUUCAAUUUAACAAAAUGUACCAUAAGAAAGUAAGACAUUUUGGGGACCCUAGAGAAAUUCUUCAUUGUUAAGAUAUUAAAAAAUUUUUCAUUCAGUAAAUGUAUUUGACACAGAAUAUCUCCUAAUAUAGCCAUUAAAAAUUUUUAAACUAAUUUUAUACUUAAACUCCCAAGCAUAAAUUAUAAUUGUUUUCAAUUUUAUAAUCUUAAUAAAAAUUAGACUAUUUUUAGAGUUUUCAUAUUAAGAGAAACCCUUUGUGUUUUAAACAUUUUUAAUCUUCAAGUCUAUAAGCAUGCCAAAGAACGCGGUUAAAAGAUAUUUUUAAAUAUAUUUGUCUAAACUGCUUUCAUGCCCUCUUGUUGUCUGUAAUAAGAAACCUAACAAAAUAAGUAAUAAAUGGCAAAUAUUA